AAAAAAAAAAAAAGUCAACGCCGGAGACCGGCGAUCUCCGGUGGUCAACGACGGCUGAUCGGUGGUGACGGGUCAAAAUUGAGGUUAAAAUUGAUUAAUUGGUAAAAUUAGGCUAUAUUGGUGUGUAAAUUAUAAAAUUGAAGUUGAAUUGAGUUUCAAUAAAUUGAGGAUAAUUUUGGUAUAUAUAAAAGGGUUUUUCUUAAUUGAAUGAACUGGAAAUAUUUAAAAUAUAAAAAAAUUAGAUGUCCCUUUUUUAAUCAAGUGUUAACUCUAUAAUAUAAUACGCAGAGAAGCUUUUAGAGUACAACAGAGGAAACCAGGAAACCUCAUUCGCUGUUAAUUGUUAUAGCAUUCGGAAAAAAAAAUAAAAAAAAUUAAAGGGACUAGUUAUGCAAUUUGAUGGAAUAUAGAAUAGAGAAGAUACUCAAAGAUCAAUAUAAAACUCUUUCGAGGUUUCCAUAUACGAUUUAGAUAUAUUUCCGUGAAAAAUAGGUUCUCUUUCACGCGGCUGAUAUUUGUUUUCUCUCUCUUGGACAACUUUCGACGCUUUACUUUGCGCAGGCAAGAUAUCACGCACGAGUCUUAUACGAAUUUUCAGUGUUCUGUCAAGUUACAAAUUUGAUUAUUAGUUUGUUGAUUAAUUGUGUCUGGCAAAUUAAGGUUAGUUUUCGAACGAAUAAUUCCGACGUAGGCUGGCGGACAAUCAUAAUUAAAUUUAUGGACGCCGGAGUGCUCGAAUUUUUGAGAAACCUUCAAAACGAGUAUUUGAAAGGAGACCGGAAUAGGGUUAACAGUCGGAAUACUUUGAAAACAACGAGUCCGCAUUCGUCGGAAUUCCCUACUGAAACCGGGGAAAUCGAUUACGAUGAUGACGACCAUCACGUGGCCGAACGAACUAUAAUAUCUUCUCGUUGGGCGAACGAUGCCGACCGCCAAACUAACGAAGCUGAUGAAGAUAAGCAGAAGUUGAACAGGAAGACCGGUUCCGAGUUGGCUCAAGUAACAGGAUGUAGGAACUCAGUGAGUCCUCCACCCGACGACAUGGAACUUGUGGAUGAUCGUGAUUCUCGCGUCGAUAUGCUUCAGUGUUGCAGAAGUGUUCAUGAGUUCGAGAAACGCGGCAAGAUAAACGAAGGAACCUAUGGGGUUGUGUAUAGAGCCAAGGAUAGCAAGACCGGAGAAAUCGUUGCGUUGAAGAAAGUCAAGAUGAAGAAUGAGAACGAAAAGUUUCCUCUGACUUCACUCCGGGAAAUAAAUAUCCUUCGAUCGUUACGUAACCCCUACAUUGUCGAUUUCAAGGAAGUAGUCGUGGACGGCGAUAUUGAUGAUGGCGUUUUCGAUGUUUACAUGGUCAUGGAGUACAUGGAUCACGAUCUCAAAGGAUUGAUGGAGAAAACGGGAUAUCCGUUUAGUCAGAGUGAAGUUAAAUGUCUCAUGCUUCAGCUCUUAGAGGGGGUCAAGUAUGUUCACGAAAACUGGAUACUGCAUCGAGAUCUCAAAACCUCGAAUUUGCUUUUAAAUAAAUGCGGCGAGUUGAAGAUAUGCGACUUCGGUUUGUCUCGUCAAUACGGGAACCCUCUGAAACCAUAUAGCGACUGGGUGGUUACUCUGCCGUACAGGUGAGCAUCUCUCCAUUCACAUGUUUAUUACUUACUGUUAAACCUCUAUAAACUGAAUACAGUCGGGACUAGAGAAAUUCUAUUAAUUUAGCGAAAUAUUAAAAAUUAUCGUGUUAAUAAAUUAGCACGUUCUUAAUUACCCCGAGUUGGGACUGGAAAAAAAAUAUUAUUUAAGCGAGGUUAUAAAUGCUGAAUAGUACAUCGUAUCUCAGGUCGCCGGAACUUCUUUUGGAAGCUAACGAAUAUUCUACAGCAAUCGAUAUGUGGUCGGUUGGGUGCAUUAUGGCCGAGCUUUUAUUAAAAAGACCAUUAUUUAACGGGACAUCAGAGAUUAAUCAGCUUCACAAGGUGAAUUUCGUCGUUUAAUUAUGCUGCAAAUAUUUGAUGAUUUUAAGACAAUCAAUUCGCAAGUAUUUGGUCUAAAUUAAUUUACUGUUUAUGGUUAUGCUGCAGAUCUUCAGGAUUCUCGGCACUCCAAACGAAACAAUCUGGCCCGGGUUUUCUAAACUCCCUGGUGCCAAGGCGAAGUUCGUCGAGCAUAAGUAAGUAAUCGGUAUCUUUUUAUUUUUAAUUAUUACAAAAUUACCCUCAAAAUUAAUGUUGGCUUGUUUUGCCAAUGUUUUAUCAGGCGUGCAGCUUUCCGGUGAUUCCGGUCUGGUGUUUCUUGCCUCAUAUCCAUCGACGAAAGUGUCGGUUUUCCUAAGACAUUUUGUUUGCUUCUAAUGAGUGCAAUUUUUUU